AUGUUAUUACCCAAAACUAUCUUAUCCAAUGAAGGAAGAAUAUUAUGUAAUACGAUUAACCACCCAUUAAAAACUGUAAAAAAUAAAAUCGAAAACUUUUUCAAGUUUGAAAAUAUUGACAAUUUAAAAAGUGAAAUAUGUAUAAAACAAAAUUUCGAUGACCUUAAUGUACCUUUAACACAUCCUGUAAGAAAUAUUAGAGAUACCUUUUAUUUAAAUGAAAAUUAUAUAAAGAACUAUAAUUCUAUUCUUUCAACAUAUUAUACACCAUUUGAUAUUUUAAAUACAUUUUAUAAAUAUUACUUAAGCAAUAAAUUAUUAUCUCAUGAUAAAAUAAUAUUGAAAAGAACUCAUAUGACGUCACAUUUAAAUGAUUUAUUAAAAGGGUCUUAUACAAAUGUUAUUUAUACAGGUCAAGUAUAUAGAAAAGAUGAAAUUGAUAAAUAUCAUUAUCCUAUAUUUCAUCAAACUGAUGGAUUUCUUAUAAAACCAGAAACGUUCAAUGUAGAAAUAGAAUUAAAAAAAAAACUAGAAGAGUUAAUAUAUUAUUUAUUUAAUAAAAAUAAUAUUGAAAUAAAAUGGGAAAGUGAUACAUCCUUCCCAUUUACACAUCCUUCAUAUGAAUUAUAUAUAAAAAGAAAACAAGAUAAUAAAUGGAUUGAGAUUUUAGGAUGUGGAAAAAUAAAAAAUGAAGUACUUGCUAUGUCCUUAUAUCAUAAUCAUAUAAAUAAAAUUAUUGAAAAUGAAAUUACUAUAUAUAAUAAAACAUUAUUAAAUUCUUUUCAACAAAAAUUCUUAUCAAAUGAAAAAGAAACAAAACAUCAAUCAGAUCUUAUAAAUCAUUUAUGUAAUAAACAACUUAAUCAUAAUAUACAAAUAAAAAUAAAUGAAUUUCUUAAAAAUAUUAAUUAUCAAGGUUGGGCUUUCGGUAUAGGAUUAGAAAGAUUAUGUAUGCUUUUAUAUGAUAUUAAUGACAUUCGUUUAUUUUGGAGUAAUGACAAAAGAUUCAUUAACCAGUUCAAAGAAAAUCAAAUAACGACAUUUCGUCCAUUUAGUAAUUUCCCAUGUAUUCAAAAAGACAUCUCAUUUUAUAUUAAAGAAUAUUUCAAUGAAACGUCCUUUUUUCAAAUAUGUAGAGAUAUUGCAAAUGAUAAUAUUGAACAGGUACAAAAAAUAGAUAAAUAUUAUGAUCCUAAAAAUAAUCUAACUAGUUUAUGCUAUAGAAUUACUUAUAGAUCACAUAAUAAAAACCUAACACAUAAAGAGGUCAAUGAUAUACAAAAUCAAAUUAUUCAAACACUUAUGGAUCAAUUUGAAGUUUCCAUAAGGUGA